AUGGUAGUAGAACAAACUUGGUGGCCAUGGAAGCCAUCUUUGUUUACUCAACAUCGCAUCCGUAUUACAAACCAACUACGUGUUGCUCAACAGCAGGAACAUUGUAAUGAAUUACGUCGUCAAAUAACGCUUGUUGAAGAAGAUAUAGCUCAGUUGCUUCAACGAAUAAAACCGAUUGAUUUUGCUCAAAUAGAUCAAAGAUUAGAUUCAUGUUUAAUCAAACACGAACACACUCUGAAAGAUUAUUCUCGAGUCGAACAACAAUUGCUUCGUCUAGCACCCAAACUUCUUCUUGGCAAUGCUUAUUAUCGAACGAGCAUCAAUGAAAUUCCUAUUCGAAUACCGUCUACUCAUACAAAAAGACGACGAAAACGAUUGAAAUUAACUAUCGAACAACAAUGGAAGAAUGGUAUUGGAGAUGCAUAUCGAAGAUUUCAACUCCAACGCAAUAUUGAACUUCCACCUAAACCUGAUCCAUUUAUUCCUAUUCCCACAUCCACUGAACCGUUGCCUAUAGUGAAUGAUUAUCUUCCUGAUGAACCACCGAUUGUCGCAGACAAUUUCAUCGAUGUCGUCCAAGAUCAUGAAUUUUUACCUCCUCUGCCACCGCCUCCACUAUCUGAAGAAAUUAUUAUUCCAUUUAAAACACCACCGCCACCAUCGAAAACAUGUCGAUCACCGCCAUCGGAUCGCCUUCAACUAGCUGUUGAUGAUACGAUUGUUAAACCACAUCGUCUGAUCAAUAAAACUUUGGGAAAUCUUAGUCUAAUGUCAUUUCAUGUCGAUCCAGACCAAUGUUCAUCGCCGAAGUCAGAUGAAAGAAAAAAGAAAACGAAACUAAAGAAACUCAUGCUCCCACCCUUACCACCGUCGGCACCACAAUUUAGUUCUACAGCUAUCUUUGAUACACAUGCGUUUUUUACUCAAUCGACUAAUAAAUCCAAAAAACAAAGGAGAAAAGUUGAUAUUUCACGUCAACCGGUUGUAAUGACAACCGACGAUGUACCGAAGAAGAAAGGCCGAACGAAAAAAUCUUCUCCCUACGAUUUUCAAGAUGAUGAUAACUCAACACUAUCACGUACUAAAGGCGUUAAAUUACUAACCGAUGAUAUUAUAACAGCUCGUUUUGCCAAAAAUAGUCACUUUCAAAGUCAUCAAACAUCGGUGGCCAGCACAAAAUCUUCGAAGUCUCGUUCAAAAGCGUCCGAGCACGAACAUACGAAGAAAAAGAAGAAUAUUUUGGGUAUUGGUACAUCGAGUCCAUUGAUUUCAUCAACGAAUCUCACAUUAUCUCCCGGUCGAUUGUCUACGGAUGACAAAGAUACUGAUGCUGAUUAUACUAUAAAGUCAACUCUAUCGAAGCGACAUACUCGAACGACGAAAAGUCGACGAACACGUGUAAAAUAA